AUGGCUCCGUCGUCGCACGUGGUCAUCGCGAGCGUUACCGUGUGCGCGGUGGUCGCCAUCGGGGUGUGCUAUCUGUGCAUGCGGAAGAAACGGAGAGACGGUGAUGGGUACGACGGGCCUGGCCAGGCGCCCGCAGGGACAGCGGCUACAGCUGGGGCUGCAGCGGCUGCUAAUGGCGAAACUCGCGUGCCGCUUCUGUUCUCUCAGAGCAGCAGUCCUUCCCGCCCUCGCAGCCCCUCCGCCUCCGCGGACCAGCAAGCAGCGGCCGGAAGCAGAGCAGCAGAGGCAGCGCGGGCAGCGCGGCAGAAGCAGUGGGAGGAGGAGCGGCGGCAGGCGGAGGCAGAGCCGGCAGAGGAGGCAGCAGCGGUGGCUGCUGCGGCGAAUAAACGCGCGAGGAAGGAGGGAGGGGGGGGCAAGGGAGGGCGCCACACUGGUACUGGAGGUGAUCAGCGGGCCGGCAUCAGGCAGGAGGGGAAUGCUCACAGAGCGAGAAGCUGGAGGGAUGGAAGCUUGUCACGUGUGUCUUUUCCUCACCUCUUGCCUCUAACCCCUUUACUUGCACAACCAGGCGCCACACUGGUGCUGGAGGUGAUCAGCGGGCCGGCAUCAGGCGGCAGCUGUUCGGGGCGGUGGGAGGUGGUGGAUCGCGGGUCGCUCAACGGCACGCUGCUGAACGAUGAGGCCAUCAACGCAGAGGCGGAGAGGAGGGCGAGCGCACGGAGGGGCGGCCGUGCCAGCUGGCUGAUGGGGACGUGA